GUUGAGAUUGAUAAGUCAAGGAGGGAAGACGUCGCUUCCCUAAAAAACUUGUCUACGUAUUCAACUACGCGGAGUUGUGAACUUUUAAUUAAAAUUUAUUCACUGAAUUUUCUAUGUGUUAAAGUGAUUUAAAAGUAAAAGUGAUUGAAGUGAACAUUGAAAUAAGUUAAAUUUUGCGUACAAAUACAAUAAUUUGUUAACAAAAUGUGUAAACACAUGGUUAUCGGUCUUUUUGUGGGUUUGAUUUUAACUUCAGCGGGUGUAGGCAGAUCACAUCAAUACCGCUCAAGAUUCAGUGCCAAUUUUACCAAUCAAGUGGUUGAAAGAAAUCGUGAUAUGCGCCAAUGAAAAUUGCAACAAAGAUAUGCUACAGCGGUGUGCGAUGGACUUGCCUGUUCUGAAUUCACCGGAGAUCUCCUUCGCAUUAACCAGAGAAGAAUUAGACAAAAGUUGCAUAAAACUGCACUCCGGAAUCACCUGCAUCGACAACUAUACCAGCGCCUGCAUGUCCAGACACGAACAGACCGUCUUCCGGAAAAUAUAUUCCGGAAUCAGUGAUGGAAUGAAAGAGCUUUGCACACCCGGCGCCUACCAGGACGAGUACUUGAAACACGCUCGCUGCGUCAAGAUUUUCUGGUCGGACUAUGAGCAAUGCAGCAAGAAGUAUGAAGUAACGCUUACGCAUCUGAAUGAUCACCAGAAGAAUGAACAGUAUUCUACGGACCAGAGGGAUAUCAGUACGAGCCAUGAGGAUUAUCUGAGGACAGUUUGCUGUUCGUUCCAGGAGUUUAUGUCUUGCUCGGAGGAAACUGUGCAGAGGACGUGUGGCGAUGAAGCUGCCGUGUUCACCAGCAAGUUCCUAAAGCAGAUGGCUUCGAAUAUUAUAAAGAAUUUCUGCUACGAAUACCGAGACAAAGAAUGCGCUGCCCCAGGCAAAGCCAGCGCGACGUUCCAAAACCUGCAACUUGUUCUGAUCCUGAUUUCUGGGCAUCUAGCGUUGUAUGCCGGGAACUUAGUACCAACGUAAACAAACUUUAAAAAAAUUAGAAUUCGAAUUUUGAAAUUUGAGCAUUCGUUGAUCGUGCUUUCGGGACACGUCGCGUUUACUGAUACUGGCAACCCAGUACCAACGUAAAAAAAAACGAAUUUUGAAAUUAGAACUAUCGUGCGUGAGUGAGUGCAGUGAACUGUAAAUAAUGAGUGAUUUGAUUAUAGUUUUGUUAACUUAAUUUUAUACAUCACUUCGGUAGCUUAUUGAUUUUCGCAUACAAUGCGUCUUUUACCUAGGUUUAUAAAUUCAUUAUCAUGUAAAUUUUAAGCCAUAUCGAAAAUUGUUUUAGCAAAUAGGUAAACAUUUUAUGUCGGUUUUGUGAGACUAUAAAUGGUAUCAAAAAUAUGUGAACACUUUAACACAUUAAGUGUGCUCUGUAAGAAGGCGAUAAACACAGUAUUUACAUUUAUAUAAUGUUAAUUGAAAAUUCGUUAAUUUAAUCAUAAUUCAUAACGAAUGUUGCUGUUGGAUCAAAAACUUUUAAAAUUGAGUUGUUUGACUUUCCUGUGGACAUCAUAGAACUAGCGGACUUGACCGAUUACUUAACUUUAUUCUUAUCGGUAUAAUAAAAUUACUUGUUUAAAGUACGAUCAGUUAGACUAACUUAAUCUUUAAAAUGUCUACAAAAACACACAGCUUUACCUAGUUUUUGACCCUAUUAGUAUAUUGUCUAUUAUUAAUUAUAUUCUAGCGUUGUGUAUAAUUUCUGAUUCCCGGGUCCAUUCCUACUUAAAUAUCAGUUUAAUAUUAGCUCUAAAUACGAUACGGAAUAAAAUGAAAUGAAAUAUUUAUUUUCCAAGUAGGCAUAUUACAAUGCGCUUACGAACGUCAAA